AUGGACACCUUCAACUACUCCAACCGCCUAGUACACCAGCCAUACUCAGAGUCCUUUGGCUCGCCAGUACUACUCUGCUCAAGUCCUGACAACCAAAUCAUCGACCACUGUUAUCCGGAAGAGUUUCAACCCAUGUUCAAUACUUGUCAAUCACCUCUGUUCCGUCCCAUGCAGCCCAUUGUUCCCACCCAACAUGAACCUUACUCAGGACAAUGUACACCAACAUGGCCAGAGUCAUAUCCAUACCAGCCGGUCUUCAUGGACUACAACUUUGGUGUUGUCCGCUCCAGCCCUUCUCUUCUUCCUUCUAUCGAACAAACCACCUUAAGCCGACCAGUCUCGAGAGCACCUUCAUUCAGAUCCGACACAAGUUCUUCAUGGAUGAGCUGCCCAAGAAGCAACCCUUCCCGCUCGUCGUCUCCUAACGCUGGAGAGAUGUCCAAGUACGGAGCUCCCAGUGAGGAUGGCACAUGGAAGUGUGCUUACCCUGGAUGCACAUCCAAGUCUGUCUUCCGACGAGGAUGCGACCUGCGCAAGCAUUACCGCAGACAUACAAAGACCCUCUUCUGUCGCCAUAUUGGCUGUCGAUCUGCAAGCGAAGGAGGAUUCUCUAGCGAGAAAGACCGAGCACGCCAUGAAGCUAAGCACGAUCCCAAGAUCGUUUGCGAGUGGGAUGGCUGCAGUAGAGUGUUCAGCAGAGUGGACAAUAUGAGGGAUCAUGUCCGUCGUAUCCACCGCCGCAAGCUCGUCAAAUAA